AUGAGCGGAAUGGUUGAAAACUGUCCAAAGAUUUCACAGCUUUUUUUCGAGAAUUUGAGUGACAAUCAUUUUCUUAAGGCACCCAUCACUAUCAACAUUUCUCUCAAUGCAGUCCUAGCACUAACAGCAACCCUAGGUAAUGGAAUGAUUAUCGUCGCCAUCUUGAGAUCCCAGAACCUACAGACACCAUCCUACUUACUGAUAACAAGUUUAGCCUUCACAGAUCUCCUGAUCGGUUUGGUAUUUCAUCCGCUUCUAAGCAUAUUAAAUAGUUAUUACUUGCAAGGCAAAGUUCAUGAAGUAUGUCGAAUGACUAAACCAGUAAUAUUCUUUGGAGUUCUCGUUGGGUAUGGUUCUAUGUUGAUGGUUACAUGUAUCAGUAUAGACAGAUACUUGGCACUGACUCUAAGACAUCGAUACAACGUUAUUGUCACCAAGAAACGAGUCUGCCUGUCGAUCGUUUUUGCAUGGAGUUCUGUUUUUCUAUUAGCAAUUUUAAAUAUGCCUGAGGAACUCUUCGAUAUCGUCUUCGUUGCGGAGUCUUUUAUCCUCCUGGUUCUGUUUUCCAUCACCUGUGUCUUCUACAUCAAAUCUUUCAGAGCCCUUCAUCUUUACACAGUCCAAGUUCAAGCCCAACAACCAAACCCGUUGGCUGGGAACUUUGAUAUCGUCAAAUACAAGAAAACUUUGAAGACAAUGCUUGUGGUGCUAGUUCAAAGAUAUUCGAAAUACUUGUGUACAAAUGUUGAAAAAUCCCCUUCAUCGAUAACAUCACCUUCUUAG